GGGUGGGUGGGCAGGAACCCAAUUCAACCUGCCCUUGGUUCCUUUUAAUCUCCUUGUCUCAUGUCAUGACCCAGACUCUCCCAAGCGAGAUUUUUAUGGCCACGCUCUCUAUUCUCCUUUGUUUUCAUCAGCUGUUGAAACAGGAGUCACUUGGAGCCAAGUUCUACAGAGUAAAGUGGGAGGGAGAAAGAGGCAGAAGCAGCGAGAGGAAAGAAAGAGUUGAGUCGGAUGUGUUGAGACUCACAGCUGCCAGAGCCGGGCGCAAUGGGGGUUUAAACUCAGCAAGUUGACCUGAAUCAGCUGCAGGACAGAUGCUUAAUAAGAAGGGUUAAAUCUAUAGCUAAGGAAAAAAAACUCACGCAUCCCCCCCCUCCAUUAUUCUUUGCAUUUAUCCUGCCGGACAGAAGCAAACAGGAUGUCUUCCCAAGGGCUGGUGACCGACGACCUCUCCAUGGAUAGCAACUUUGCUUAUGACGAUAACUGGUAUAUAUAUGACCAAAAAGGGGACCAGGAUGACAUGACUCCUGAAGUUAUCCCAGACUGCCAUCCCACCAUCCCUUAUGACCUCUACCACGCCUGCAUGGCUCCAGUAUCACUGGUCGUCUUGCUGAUUCUCUCUAUGCUGGUGAAGCGGAAGAAACUCUAUAAAAAUUGUUGGGAUGGAGCCCCUGGACUGCUAAGCCCUGUGCAUUUCUUGGAAGAGGAAGGUCACAAGGGGCUCUCUGUGGCAGUUUUUGGCAUCCUCUUCUCCUCCUUAUGCAUCCUGGUUCUGGAUAGCGACCCUCUGCCCUUCAUCUCCGGCUCCUCGACCCACAAUCGAGAGUACUGGAAGAUCAUGGCUUUGCUCUAUUACCCUGCCUUCUACUACCCCUUAAUUGCAUGUGCUACGGUCAGGCCACGGGCUUGGCUGUCCUGGUGCCAUUGCGUGGUCCAUCUCUGGCAGAAGGUGGAAUGCCCUCAGUCGCCCAAGAUUUAUAGGUACUAUUCCCUGCUUUCUUAUCUCCCCAUCAUCCUGUGCCUUGUGGUUUUGAGCCUUUGGUAUCCUGCACAGCUUGUCAAGAGCUUCAGGGAGCAGAAGAGGAAGAAAGUGACGGUGGAGCUGCCGGGGAGUGGCUAUUACGAAGACUAUCUGAAGAAUAUCCUGGCAAAAAGGACGCCAAAUAAAAGCAUCAGCAGAGCCAAGCCAAGCCUGCUGUCAAGGAUCCGCUCCUAUGUCUGCUCAUUCCUCUACGCACCUCAGGAAGGCUUCCAAAUCCCUCUGAAGCUGGUUCUCUCCCUCGCCACAUCUGUGAUUGCUGUCUAUCAGGUGGCCCUCCUCCUCCUGGCAGUCUUCGUCCCCAGCAUCCAGAUAGUAAGGUCUGGGAUGACCAAGGAGCUGACUGCACUCUUCAUCCAGUUUGGUUUAGUCCCCUCUGAAAAUCCCGCUGGGAUCCCUGGAGACAAAGAGUUAGCCACCCUCAAGCACUACAUCUGGUCGCUAGAAGUCUGCUUCGUCUCCUCCCUGGUCGUCUCCUGCCUGCUGACUUUCUGUAUGCUGAUGAAGUCCAUGGGGAAGCACAGGUGAGCCUUGUCCUUCUGGACUCCACCGGGGGCAGGGAAGGGAGGUCCAUCAGGGCAAACGGGGCUCUGCCCCACCCAAAUCAGGCUGCCCCGAGCCAGCCCCCUCCUGCUUCUCUUCUUAACUGGCAAGAGAUAUGGCAUGCCAUUCCCUUCACCUUCCUCCUCCUCCGUUUCACUUUAGGUGCUCCAGCUGAAAACCCCAAUCUAGCAUUGCAGAAGCUCUGUGGUUUGUGCAUCAAGCCACUUCCACUGCUGUUCUCAUCCCUGCUUUGAGAACAAAUGCCUUCACUUGGCACCCACCAUCCUAAAAGUCCUUCUUUCGCAAUGAGGAGUUGAUCUAUGGAAGCCCUUCCCCCGGGAGGGAGGGAUGGCCACUAAGGUGGAUGGCUUUAGAAGAGGAUUGGACAAAUUUAUGGAGGAAGAGAGGUCUUUCCAUGGCUACUGCGAUACCAUGAUAGCUGUGCUCUGCCUCCACACUGGGAAUCUACAAAAGUGCAAAUGCAAC